AUGACUCUUUACGAAUAUUUAUUAAAACCAGUUAAAUCAAUUAGGAAAAAUUUGCAUAUACGUUGUCUUUCUGAAAUUGUUAAACAAUUUUCAAAAUUUUCUUCUCGUGAUGAACUUAUUGAAUAUUCUCAACGUCCUAUUGAAUAUUGUUAUGGAAAUCGUAUGAUAGAAGCAUGUUCACCAAAUAAUUCAACACCUAUUAAUCUAAUAAAACUUGCAUCAGAUCUUCGUAAUCAAUUAUUAGUACGUAUAGCACAUUGUAUACAUCAUUUUCAAUCAUUACCAUUUUUACCAGCUGCUAAUCCAACAUUAUUAUCAUUACAUGAACGUUAUUUAAAAUUAUUUGAAAAAUUAACAUUUUUUUCCAUAAUAAAAACCAAUGAAGAUGAAGAAAAAAUUUUUUAA